AUGCCUCCGACGCUGUGUUUCGCCUGCCAGACGGCCAGGGCGGUCAUUAUCCGGCCGAAGAACCGACACAAGCUCUGCAAGGCGUGCUUCCUGGAGAUCUUCGAGACCGAGAUCCACGAGACCAUCACCUCCGCGAAGCUCUUCUACCCGGGCGAACGGGUCGCGAUCGGGGCCAGCGGGGGCAAAGACAGCACGGUGCUGGCCUCGGUGCUCAAGACGCUGAAUGAGCGGUACAACUAUGGCCUGGAGCUGGUGCUGCUGUCCAUCGACGAGGGCAUCAAAGGGUACCGCGACGACAGUCUGGAGACGGUGAAGCGCAACGCGGUGCAGUACAACAUGCCGCUCGAGAUCGUCGGCUACGACGAGCUGUACGGAUGGACGAUGGACCAGGUGGUCGCGCAGGUCGGCAAGAAGAACAACUGCACCUACUGCGGCGUGUUUCGGCGGCAGGCGCUCGACCGCGGCGCCGCCCGUCUGGGCAUCAAGCAUGUCGUGACGGGCCACAACGCCGACGACGUGGCGGAAACGGUCAUGAUGAACCUGCUGCGCGGGGAUCUGCCCCGGCUGUCGCGAGGCACCAGCAUCGUCACGGACUCGGUGGCGACGGAGAUCAAGCGGAGCAAGCCGCUCAAGUACGCGUACGAGAAGGAGAUCGUGCUGUAUGCGCACCACAAGAAGCUGGACUACUUCAGCACCGAGUGCAUCUACUCCCCCGAGGCCUUCCGGGGUAGCGCCCGGACUUUGAUCAAGGACCUCGAGAAGAUCCGCCCCAGUUCCAUCCUCGAUAUCGUCAAGAGCGGAGAGGACCUGGCCCUUCUGGUUCCUCCGGAGAUCAGCAAUAGCGGGAAGCUUGUGCCGGCAUCGACAGAGGCAGACGACUACACAGCGGGAGGUUGUGGCAGUCAGAACGGCAGAUCCAGCGGGGGAGAGAUGGCGGAGAUGGAGAAGAAACUGGCGGAAGACGAGGCGGCGCAGAGUAGAGAGACAGAGAUCACUCUACCACGGGAGGACAUUUCUUCUUCUCCUUCCACUGCAGCCGUCCCUCUCAGGAAGAAGAACAACAAGAAGGCAGCUAGUCAACAGCCAACAAAGAAGAAACCACUGAAGCUGCAGACACUCCAGAAAUGCGAGCGAUGCGGAUACAUUUCGAGCCAGAAGAUCUGCAAAGCCUGCGAGCUUUUGGAGGGGCUGAACAAGAACCGACCCAAGACCGCCAUCGAAGUGGUUGGGGUCGAGGAAGAGGAGAGCAGCACGACGCUUAUGAGGCAGAUGGAGAGUGUUCAGUUGAGUAGUGGAUGA